ACUUAUAGGGCUGGGAAUGGGGGUGUUGCCGCCGCCCAGCCAGCUCCGUGUCCACCGGUCCCCUGUCGGUGCCGCGCUGUCGUCGCGGCGCCCCCGUCCAGCCCUCCGUCCGCGCCGCCCCCAGACCCGGCCGGCGGGGCCCGGAGCCAGGGCCACGUCCCCGCCAUGCCGGCCCAGUGGCUGUUGCUCCUGCUGACGCUGCUGCUAUCGCCGCCCGGCCCCGGGAGUUUUGCAAGUGCCAGCACAGUAACACUGCCUGAAACCUUGUUGUUUGUUUCAACCCUGGAUGGAAGCUUGCAUGCUGUCAGCAAGAGGACGGGCUCCAUCAAGUGGACUUUAAAAGAAGAUCCAGUCCUGCAGGUCCCAACACACGUGGAAGAGCCUGCUUUCCUCCCAGAUCCCAAUGAUGGCAGUCUGUACACACUUGGAGGCAAGAACAAUGAAGGACUGACGAAACUUCCCUUUACCAUCCCAGAAUUGGUUCAGGCAUCCCCAUGCCGAAGUUCAGAUGGAAUCCUCUACAUGGGUAAAAAGCAGGAUAUUUGGUAUGUUAUUGACCUCCUGACUGGCGAGAAGCAGCAAACUUUGUCAUCAGCAUUUGCAGAUAGUCUCUGCCCAUCAACUUCCCUUCUAUAUCUUGGACGGACAGAGUACACCAUCACCAUGUAUGACACCAAGGCCCGAGAGCUCCGCUGGAAUGCCACCUAUUUUGACUAUGCAGCCUCGCUGCCCGAGGACGACGUGGACUACAAGAUGUCCCACUUUGUGUCCAAUGGCGAUGGACUGGUGGUAACUGUGGACAGUGAAUCUGGGGAUGUCUUGUGGAUCCAAAACUAUGCCUCUCCUGUGGUGGCCUUCUACGUCUGGCAGCGGGAGGGCCUGAGAAAGGUGGUGCACAUCAACGUUGCUGUGGAGACUCUACGCUACUUGACCUUCAUGUCUGGGGAAGUGGGGCGAAUCACCAAGUGGAAGUAUCCAUUUCCCAAGGAGACAGAGGCCAAGAGCAAGCUGACGCCUACACUGUAUGUUGGGAAGUACUCCACCAGUCUCUAUGCCUCUCCCUCAAUGGUGCAUGAGGGGGUUGCCGUUGUGCCCAGAGGCAGCACUCUUCCUUUGCUGGAAGGUCCCCAGACAGAUGGUGUCACCAUUGGAGACAAAGGAGAAUGCGUGAUCACCCCCAGCACAGACCUCAAGUUUGACUCUGGACUCAAAGGAAAGAGCAAGCUGAACUACUUAAGGAAUUACUGGCUUCUCAUAGGACACCAUGAAACUCCUCUGUCCGCAUCUACUAAGAUGCUGGAGAGGUUUCCCAACAACCUGCCCAAACAUCGAGAAAAUGUGAUUCCAGCUGAUUCAGAAAAAAGGAGCUUUGAGGAAGUUAUCAACCUAGUUGGCCAGACUUCAGAAAACAUACCAACCACCAUGUCUCAGGAUAUAGAAGAAAAGCUGUCCCGUGCCCCUGCCAAGCCUGAGGCCCCUGUGGACUCCAUGCUCAAGGACAUGGCUACUAUUAUCCUGAGCACCUUCCUGCUGAUUGGAUGGGUGGCCUUCAUCAUCACUUACCCACUGAGCAUACAUCAGCAGCUCCAGCACCAACAGUUCCAAAAAGAACUGGAGAGAAUUCAGCUCCUGCAGCAACAGCAGCUCCCCUUCCACUCACAUGGAGACCUUACCCAGGAUCCUGAGUUCCUGGAUUCAUCUGGCCUCUUCUCAGAGAGCUCAGGCACCAGCAGCCCCAGCCCAUCCCCCAGAGCCUCCAACCACUCCAGCAGCUCUGCCUCCAAGGCUGCCACCAGCCCCUCCCUGGAGCUGGAUGAUGAGGAUGAAGAAACCAGAGUGGUGAUUGUUGGAAAAAUUUCAUUCUGCCCCAAGGAUGUCCUGGGCCAUGGAGCUGAGGGCACAAUUGUAUACAAAGGCAUGUUUGACAACCGUGAUGUGGCUGUGAAGAGGAUCCUUCCUGAAUGUUUCAGCUUUGCAGACCGUGAGGUCCAGCUGCUUCGAGAAUCAGAUGAGCACCCGAAUGUCAUCCGCUACUUUUGCACAGAGAAGGACCGGCAGUUCCACUACAUUGCCAUUGAGUUGUGUGCAGCCACCCUGCAAGAGUAUGUGGAGCAGAAGGACUUUGCCCACCUUGGUCUAGAGCCUAUCACCUUGCUCCAGCAGACCGCCUCAGGCCUGGCACACCUGCACUCUCUCAACAUUGUUCACAGAGACCUGAAACCCCACAACAUUCUCCUCUCCAUGCCCAACGCACAUGGCAGGAUCAAGGCCAUGAUUUCUGACUUUGGCCUCUGCAAGAAGCUGGCAGUAGGCAGGCACAGUUUCAGCCGUCGUUCGGGGGUACCUGGCACUGAAGGCUGGAUUGCCCCAGAGAUGCUGAGUGAAGACUGCAAAGAGAACCCUACCUACACAGUGGACAUCUUCUCUGCAGGCUGUGUCUUUUACUAUGUCAUCUCUGAGGGCAACCAUCCUUUUGGCAAGUCCUUGCAGCGGCAGGCCAACAUCCUUUUGGGCGCCUGCAGCCUUGACUGCUUCCACUCAGACAAACACGAGGAUGUCAUUGCUCGUGAAUUGAUAGAAAGAAUGAUUGCAAUGGAUCCCCAGCAGCGGCCCUCCGCAAAGCACGUGCUGAAACACCCCUUCUUCUGGAGCCUGGAAAAGCAGCUCCAGUUCUUCCAGGAGUUUGACAGAGGCCUUGGCUUCAGAGAUGCCCUAGCACAUCUGCUCCUUGAAGGCGGGACUUUCUCGAUGAUUUUGAUGACUGCUCUGGCCCCAGCACCUAGGACACUGCCUGGCCCAUUGCUGGAUGUGAGUGACCGUAUAGAAAAGGAGUCCUUGGACGGCCCGAUAGUAAAGCAGUUGGAGAGAGGAGGGAGAGCUGUGGUGAAGAUGGACUGGCGGGAGAACAUCACUGUCCCACUACAGACAGAUCUGCGCAAAUUCAGAACCUACAAAGGUGGCUCUGUCAGAGAUCUCCUCCGAGCCAUGAGAAAUAAGAAGCACCACUACCGAGAACUGCCUGAGGAGGUUCAGGAGACCCUGGGCUCCAUCCCUGAUGACUUCGUGCGCUACUUCACUUCUCGUUUCCCCCAGCUCCUCUUACAUACCUACCGAGCCAUGGAGCUGUGCAGGCAUGAGAGACUCUUCCAGACCUACUACCUGCACGAGUCCACAGAACCCCAACCUCCAGUGACUCCAGAUGCCCUCUGAGCUAGGGCAGCCCCUCUGGUCUGGUGGCCCCAACAGUGACCAUGGGCCUGAUCUCUGCAGUCAGGGUCUGUUGCCUCUGGGAUUAGGAGGAAGACUAAGCUUCUCUAAUCAAGUGCCUUGAGCUGCUUAUGUGCAGCCAGAAGAGGAUAACGCUGAUCCUAGGAAGCUGGAGAAGUGGCCCCUCAUGACCACAGAGACCUGGGGAGAUGUGGCCCUGAAGCCUCGUAGUCAGGGAUGUCUGCGAAGGUGGGCCUGUCCCAGAGGCUGCAAAAGGAGCAACAUCAGCCUUUUCACUGGAUGAGCUCGCUUCCCUUUCACUGGAUGAACUCACUUCCACUUACAUUUCUUUCUAAAAUUUCUGUGGGGUGGCAGUUUGGGGGCCUUUCAGUGAGGGGUGGAGGGAUCCUGUUUUGUCUACAUGCUAGAAGCAGCCUGGCUGGGGUGUACCAAGUACAGCCCCUGCUGGAAAUGGAUUGAGAGAUGUGGAGUGCUAAGGAAGAGGACGUUCAGAGGCGUUUUCAUGGGGAGAGGAGGCAUCCCCAAGUUAGUGGUAGCCUGUGAUGCUUCGUGCAGCAAGCUAUAAGCGUGGGGUGUGGGGACUCGUUAGCAGCUGAGGUAUGUCCGUGAGUCUAGGGGAUGAAGAGGACACUCAGUUCCGGAUGCAGUGCUGGCCCAGCAAAGUGGUCCCUAAUGGGUUGAGUCCUGGCCAUGUGGGCCAGAGGUGAAGAGUUCCCUGGCCACCAAGCAGGCAGUUAAGGCCAGACAGGGACAGAGACAGGUCUUAAGGGCCAGAGAAGAGGAACUAGAGGGAACUCCCCAGUCACUGGAGAGGCUCAGAACCAGAAGGUAAGUGGUAGGCCCAUCUACCCCAGGGGCCAGCAGACUAGCAUAGACUGUGAGUCAAAGCCCUGGGGUAGACAGCCAAGGGCAGGGCCACCACAGGUUUUUUAGGCCAGCUUUUGUGUUUCUCUGGGCAAAUUUUAAUGAGUAUAUUUUGAUCAUAUUGCAGAAAGCUACGUUUGCAUAAGUAAGUUAAGUAUAACUUGACACUUGUGAAGAAGAAAUGCAAGGUAUAAUAUCUUCUGUUCUGUGUGGUACCAAAAAUCGCCAUUCUCUCAAGAAUGUAGAACAUUCUCUAAUGCUGAAGAGUAAGACAUUUUAGCGACGCUAUGUAUUAAUGUCAAAGUAAUUACAUCAGUAUCAUUUUUCUUUAAAAUUUUAACUUUAAUUCCAGUCAGAAUCUACUGUCUUCUCCCUCCAAAGAGCUUAGAGGUUAGAAUGAAGUUAGGGUCUGUGUGGGAGGGGUCUGUGUAGAAUCUCUGGAGCCAGUGGGUGGUCUCUGGUGUGUGGCUGAGGCUCCAUUCUGUUCUAUGUUUAGAGUGGCCUUGGCAGCUUUAUGAACCGCACUGACCAGAGUCACUGCCCCGGCAUUCCCUGAGAGGUCUGCUGCUGGGUGUGCUGGUACCAGGGUCGCUUACUCAAGCUUCCUCUGCUGCUGUAGAUUUUUUAUUUCUUUACUUCCGUAGUGGCUGAAGUGUGGGCUCUUAAGAUCUUAAAAUCCUACAUCUUUGAACCUCAUGGGUGAUGCUGUGUAGACCUUGGAACCCCAGCCCCACGGUUAGCUUCCUGCUCGUCUUCUUAGCAUAGCACUUUGUUAAUGGGCCCAAGAGAGAACAGCCCAUGAUCAGUGUGAGGAGGUGGAAGCCGUGUGGUCUGACGCUUGCCUCAGGGACUGCUGCUUGCCUUGUUCUUCAUGGCCGAGUUUCCCUUUGGAAAGGGCUGAAGUCUUCUCUGAAGGCCCAGCUUGGUGUUACCUCCAAGUUUGCCUGGAGUCCGCUUUUCAAAUGUCCUUGCCUCUUAUCAGGUCAGUUUCUAGCCAGUCAAAUUUCCAAAAGUCCUCUGCUCAUCAUGCUUAUCUGAAAACUUUCUGUAGAGCUGGGCGGGAUGGUUAGACACAGAUGAAUACAGGAAAGACUUCUGCCUUUUGAAGCCUCAUGAGAGUCAGCAGCUCAUAAGUGUCAGGGCAGAAAGAAAACUCAAGUGGGUAUAUAUUUGGGGUUUGCCCCGCUUGUGCCUUAAAACUGUCCCAUCUCAGAACCAAUCAGCUCUGCUCAGCUCUCUUACUGUCUGUUCUCUAGGGACCCAGACAGUUAUCAGCUUUCCAAGUGUGUUGUGAAAAUACUGGGCAUCUGAGGUGCUCGGCAAGAGACACUGUCAAUCUUUAGGCCAGGGCAGCUCUGUAGAGUUGCACAUCCUCAGAGGCUGCUAGGAUCCCUGGAAGACUGCCCAGCUGUCUACAAGUACAGCAUCUUCAGCUUUAGUAUGGAACUGAGCUGUGUCUGGAAUGCUAUCUUUGUUUAAACCUUGUCUUGUGUUGAACUUUCAGUUUAGGAAGUGUGCCGUUUCACGAGGCACCAAAGCACUUGCACUUUGGGAACAAAGGUGUCACUUGAUAAUCGGAUAGACCAUCUAGAGAAUGAAGGUGAACCCCUGGGUGCGGACGUGUUCCCGGACCUUGAUACAGCAGUACUGUAGGCCCUUCCCAUGGUGCAUCACAGAGAAGGUAGAGGUCUGAGGUCUGAGGUCAGCAGGCGUAGCCAAAUGCUUUCCACCAAAUUGAAGAUAAGCAGGGCACUCUUCCUUGGCACCCACUGACUUUGUGGAGGUUUUGUGUGCUUGUGAUUCAGUUAGCUGCAGCAGUUCCUUUUCCCAAAGUGAAAGGCCAAUCAAUUGGCUGCUGCUGUGACCUCCUACAGAGCCACCUCUGGCUGCAGGCUCUCCUGUGCUGGCUACUUGUCAUUUGCAGAGCUUUGGUCCUGUGUGCCUUCCUGCAGGUCCCUCUCUCCAGCUGUGCCAGGAUUCUUCUAUCUCUUCCUGGGUCUGCUUCUUGUUUAUUGUCUUCAUCGUCAUGGUCCAGAGGUGCAGGAAGAGCCAGAAGAGCAAGCAACAGCUUUCCUGGAAAGAGCCUCUUGAAGUUCUCUGGUAGCCCUGCUCUGUGUUUGGUUUGGUUUUCCAGCAGUUCUAUCCUUGCCCAUCCCUCACGUCUGGAAGCCAUGGUGUUGGCCGCCUGGGGCUUGGCAUCAGCUUCUCCUGAAGGUUAUCUUCCAACUGGGGUCUGACCUCUUUCAAGCCAAAGUGCCUGCUCGCUCUCUCCCCAUUCUUGAUUUUCAUGGUGAAACUAGUGAUUUUCUGUGUGGAGUUCUGGUUGCUUCUGGCACUAGGUCUUUUCUGUUACUAGAAAGCCGCAGAGGCACAUCUCUGAGGCUUCCCUCUGCAGUAGCCUUAGCCACGCUGCUUGCCAGGGCCCUGUGGCCUCAUCUCUCCUGUCCCCCAUGUGUUUGGUGGGUAUAGUAUUCUUUCCCAGUUUUCCCUAAAACUGUGAUGGGGGAGUCCCCACUCACCUAAGCAUUACUAGUCAGCUGUGUGGCAUCCCCACACGAAGACUUGUGUAGUUCUUUUCGCAAUGACCUAUUUAUUGAAUCUAUUUAUAUUUAUUUAAUUUUUACUCGAAUAUCCGGUUAAAAUUGCACUUGCUUAAAGCACAUCAGAUAUGUUUUGAACAAUACCCCUGACCAUUUUAAAACUGGAAAAGGAAGUUACACUGUCUCCUGCCACCUUAUGAUAGCCUUGUCUUUAAAUGGUGAAUAAUCUGGUCUGGGUAAAUGUUAAUUUUUAGAUGAUUUUUUAAAAAUCUUGUGCCAUGUGUCUUCUCUGUGGACAGUUAAUUGUUUAAUUAAUAUGUGCUGAUUGUAUGAUUCACUCCUCUUUGUGGAAACUAAAAUAUUCUUUUUAGCUUUAUAUUUUAUAAACUGCCAGACUGUACAACUUUUAUGUGUAUUUUUAAAGCUCAUGAUAUGAGGGUCAUUAUCUAAGUUUAAUGGCCUAUUUUUUUUUACCUCCUGUACAGUUUUAUAAUUCUGAUCAUUGAUGAAGGCGACUUAUGCUGAGCCAACCACAAAUAAAGGUAGCUUUAGAUUUGGGA